AUGAAGCUUCUGGUCUUAUUUGCGGUAAUCGUUGCAACAACAUCUGCAGCUCUUCAGGGCUACAAUCUGCCCAGCCCUAAAGAAUCCGUGCUGCUGGCUGGUCAUGGACAUGCUGCAAACUUUGGUCAUUCUACUGCAGUAUCAGGACAGACCUCUGCUGGUCAUUCAUCAGGACAAUCUACUUCGAUUCACUCAGCAGGACGUCCACACUCUACUGCCUUUGGUAGCAGUACACUGACAGCUUCUGGGAAUUCUGCCGGUUCCAUAUCACACACUUCAUCUGGCACUGUCGUUUCUGGAAUUGAUGAAUUCGCGGUCUCUGGAAUCUCUACAGUGACAGGUGCCUCCACGAGUUCUGGAAUCUCCUCAGGAUCCGAGGUGUCUAUUAGUGCUGGAUUAAGUGGACAAGGAAGUUUCGAAACACCAUGUAAGGAUGGAGAAGUGCGCCAUAUUGACGGCUCAUGCAUCGUUCCCGAAAUCACACGGAAGGUUUUCGUCGUGUCUGUACCGAGACAGGCACCAAGACCAAGUGACUCUCUUCCAGAUCUUCCACCACCAAGAGUCGACCACAACAUUCUCUUCGUGCGUCUUCCCGAAGGAGGAGUUGGACCUGACCCUAUCGUUGUACCUCCACCAAGGCAAGACAACAUCGUAUAUGUCCUCAGUAAGAACAGUCAGAAUGGACAGCGUGUCAUCGAAGUCCCAGCUCCUCCUCCAUCCGAGCCUGAAAUUUAUUUCGUCAACUACGAUGACGGCGAAAACCCGACCCUUCCUGGUGGUGUGGAUCUUCAAAGUGCUCUUGCUUCAGCACUUGAAGCAAAUGGUCAAGUAAUUGCUGAGGGCCUCGGAGAUAGCCUUGCCGGUCAAGGAGGAAUCGGUGGUGCUGUUGACAUCGGAAAUGUAGCUAGUGUUGCCACUGGAACUGGUGGAGAUACGUUCACCAACAGCAAUACAGGCGCUUCGGCUUCAGGUAGUACCUCUCAGAUCAAUUGCCUGUCGUUAAUGGCCAAGGUCCUAAGGUAUGAACGAGCUGAAGAAAUGCAAGCCUCCGUUUGA